GGAGAAAAAACUCUCGACCACCAAGUUCUUUUUCAUCCAAUUUGAGAGAGAAUUAGAGAGAGAGGGGCAACGCGGGUAGUGACACUGUAACCUCAUCCUCCCACCGCGCUGGCUCCAUCCUCUCUCACCCCUCUCAACCUCACGCUCCUCCUCCAACACUAACAGUUUUUGCAGCUAUCAGAAGUUCAUCAACAAAAUUCAUAUUGAUUAGCAUAUUGUAUUGCUGAAGAUAUAUAGGAUGGCAAUGGCAAUUACUACUUUUGGUAGUACAUCGGCUGCACAAUGGGGAAUUCGUCCUCAGCUUUUAUUAAGAUCCAGUAUGAUAGCCAAGGUUGCGUCAUCCAGCCACAAUUUUACAAGCAGGGUAUGCUUUAUGGCUGCCCCUAGUUCAAGCUUUCUUUCUCAGGAUUCCUUGCGCAUGAUAUUUAAUGUGGGUUCGUUUCAGCCUUUACAUCACUGUAGGGGAUCAAGGUUGAUAGUUAGAGCAGAAUCGGAUUUCUAUUCAGUUCUUGGUGUUUCAAAAAAUGCCAGUAAAUCUGAAAUAAAGAGUGCUUAUAGGAAGCUCGCCCGGAAUUAUCACCCAGACGUGAACAAAGAACCUGGGGCAGAAGAGAAAUUUAAGGAAAUUAGCAAUGCAUACGAGGUCUUAUCUGAUGAUGAGAAACGAUCCAUAUAUGACAGAUAUGGGGAGGCUGGUCUUAAGGGAUCUGGAAUGGGAAUGGGGGAUUUCAGCAAUCCCUUUGAUUUGUUUGAGUCAUUGUUUGAGGGUAUGAAUCGUGGUGCCGGUUCUAGGGGUUCUUGGAAUGGAGCAAUAGAUGGUGAAGAUGAGUAUUACAGUCUUGUUCUGAACUUUAAAGAAGCAGUUUUUGGUAUAGAAAAAGAGAUAGAGAUAAGUCGAUUAGAAAGCUGUGGAACUUGCAAUGGUUCAGGUGCUAAACCAGGGACCACACCAACCAGAUGUAGCACUUGUGGAGGUCAAGGGCGGGUUGUCUCAUCAACAAGAACUCCAUUAGGUAUCUUCCAGCAAUCUAUGACCUGCUCAUCUUGCAAUGGGACUGGAGAAAUUUCAACACCUUGCAAUACAUGUACUGGGGAUGGUCGAGUAAGGAAAACAAAGCGGAUAAGUCUGAAGGUCCCAGCAGGCGUGGAUUCUGGUAGUCGUUUAAGGGUCCGUAAUGAAGGGAAUGCUGGAAGGCGAGGGGGUUCUCCCGGUGACCUCUUUGUUGUCAUUGAGGUCAUCCCAGAUCCUGUCCUUAAACGAGACGACACCAACAUUUUAUACACCUGCAAGGUUUCUUACAUUGAUGCAAUCUUGGGCACUACAACAAAGGUUCCUACUGUGGAUGGAAUGGUGGACUUGAAAAUUCCGGCAGGGACACAACCAAACACAACACUUGUUAUGGCUAAAAAGGGUGUUCCCUAUCUGAAUAAAAACAAUAUGAGGGGCGACCAAUUGGUUCGCGUGCAAGUAGAAAUCCCCAAAAGACUGAGCAGUGAUGAGAGGAAACUUAUUGAGGAACUUGCUGAUUUAAGCAAAGGCAAAACUGCUACCGGUAAGAGAUGAUAGUUUGCCAGAAGCGUUGCAUUUAUUUCCCUUUCAUAUGGAUGCAUCAUUCCUUGAUUAAUACACUCACUGUGGAGAACUUAACUCGGAGGGGCAAGCAUGGUUUAUAGACACGGUUGGUUUUUCUGCAUAAAGAUGCGGAGAUGGUGAAGAGCAGAGGAAAUUAGAGAUCUUUUUUUCUUCAUGCUGCUUGUAAUUUAUUUUUGGGGUUGGGGAAUAUUGAAUUAAUUAUACUUUAGGUUUAAUGCUGUCUUUUAUAAAUGUGUUGUUCUUAGACAAAAUUGAAUCGUUAUUAUAUACAUCUUUUUAUCCAAAGGAAAUAUAUUUUUUUCCACCCGUA